UCCUGCGGAGGCCGCGCCGAGCGCAGCGGGCUCACACUCCCCGGCUCGCCCUCGUCCCGGCUCGCCAGCCGUCCCCCGGGGGAAGGACACCAUGAAGUGGGGGGCGCUCGUCCUCACGGCCCUCCUGCAGGCUCAGGUCCCAGCGGCAGACGCACAGAGCUUCGGCCUGCUGGACCCCAGACUGUGCUACCUGUUGGACGGGAUCCUCUUCAUCUACGGCAUCAUCAUCACCGCCCUGUUCCUGAGGGCCAAGUUCAGCCACAGCACGGACGCCGCGGCGCAGGCGCAGGGCCCGGGGCAGCUCUACAACGAGCUCAACCUGGGGCGGAGAGAGGAGUACGACAUGCUGGAUAAGAGACGCGGCCGGGACCCCGAGAUGGGAGGAAAACAGCAGAGGAGGAAGAACCCGCAGGACGGCGUCUACAACGCGCUGCAGCGGGAGAAGAUGGCGGAGGCCUACAGCGAGAUCGGGAUGAAGGCCGAGAACCAGCGCCGCAGAGGCAAGGGGCACGACGGCCUCUACCAGGGGCUCAGCUCGGCCACCAAGGACACCUACGACGCCCUGCACAUGCAGGCGCUGCCCCCGCGCUAGCGGCGGGCGCUCGCUCCCAGGCCCGCCCUGCAGACGCCGAGAUUGUAAGGCCCAGGACACCCCGCGCAUGCCCCGGCUCGCCCGCACCUCACCACCGCAG